UUGAAUGGUGAUGGAGAUCCCCGGCGAGUGCGAGUACCGGGGCGAGGCGGUGGUGGUGAGGCCGAGCCAGCCCACGCCGCGCCACUCCCUCUACCUCUCCAACCUCGACGACCAGCGCUUCCUCCGCUUCUCCAUCAAGUACCUCUACGUCUUCCCGCCCCUCGCCGCCGUCGCACCCGAGACACUCAGGUGGGCGCUCGCCAGGGCCCUCGUCGACUACUACCCACUCGCCGGCAGGCUCAGGCCCUCCGCCGAGGACGACGGCAAGCUGGUGGUCGAUUGCAAUGCCGAGGGCGCGCUCUUCGCCGAGGCCUUCCUGCCGGGCCUCACCGCCGGUGACUUCCUCCGGGGCAGCGCCAAGCCGCACAAGUCAUGGAGGAAGCUGCUGUACAGAGUCCACGCCACCAGCUUCGUCGACGUGCCGCCGCUCGUCGUCCAGGUGACGCAGCUGGGAUGCGGCGGAAUGGUUUUGUGUACGGCCAUCAGCCACUGUCUCUGCGACGGCAUCGCCACCGCCAACUUCCUCCACGCCUGGGCUCGCGCCGCCGCCCACCUCGACCUCCCCCUCGUCCACCACGACCGCUGCGCCCUGCGCCCGCGCUGCCCCCCGCGCGUCGCCUUCACCCACCCGGAGUACAGCGUCAGCACCAGCACCACCGCCGGCUGCCACCCCCACCCCCACCCGCUGCUCCCCGUCUCGCUCACCUUCACGGCGUCCCACCUCCGCCGCCUCAAGACCAGGGCGCCCUGCACCUCCUUCGAGGCGCUGGCGGCGCACGUCUGGCGCGCCUGGGUCAUCUCCCUCGCCCCGCCGCCCGCCCUGCGCGUCAAGCUCCUCUUCUCCGUCAACGUGCGCCGCCGCCUCAGGCCGGAGCUCCCCGCCACCUACUCCGGCAACGCCUUCGUGCUGGCCUGCGCCGAGGCCACGGCGGCCGACCUGGUGGCCACGGGCGGGGUGCGCCUGGUGCAGGAGGCCAAGGGCCGCAUCGACGACGACUACGUGCGGUCCACGGUGGACCUCCUGGAGGAGCGGCGCGGCGCCAAGCCCGACCUGGCGGCCACGCUCGUCAUCUCGGCCUGGACGCGCCUCGGCCUGGAGGACGUCGACUUCGGCAAGGGGAGGGCGGUGCACAUGGGCCCGCUCACCAGCGAGGUAUACUGCGUCUUCCUGCCCGUGCUGGCCGACCCCGACGCCGUGACCGUGCUCGUCUCCCUGCCGCAGCCCGCCGCCGAGGCCUUCGAGCACCACUGCUGCCUCCUCCACGACGAACCCCUCGACAAGCAGCUGCAGCUGCAAGGAUCUGACCACCUUGCUGUCGGCCAUCGCCAUGCCCAUGACAUCCUCGCCUAGCUAGCUUUAAUUAAUUAAUUACUCCCUAUCAGCUCGAUCAAUUUCAAUUCGAUCUGAAUUAUUUACGUACUCUGCUGUACUCAUGCCUGCAUGCAUCAGUUAAUUAAUCUACCACUAAUACGUACUAUCAACGUACGUUCAGGUUAAUCAAGAUCAAAUUAUUCUCCAGAUCGAUCGUCGAUCAAGC